AUGAAGGUGGAGAGUUUACAGAAGGACAGCGAGUCUGUCUCUGUGUCUUCCGACCGGCCCGGCGGCGGCAGCCCGGACUCGGCCCAGCGCUGCAUGUCCCGGCUGCUGAGCGCCGUGGAGAGCGAGCUGCAGGCCGGGCGGGAGAAGGGCGACCCGACGGAGCGGGAGCUGAAGGUGGCGCUAGAGGACGGCGAGCUGUGGAGGAAGUUCCAGCAAAUCACCAACGAGAUGAUCGUCACCAAGAACGGACGUCGCAUGUUCCCCGUCCUGAAGGUCGGCGUCUCGGGCCUCGACCCCAGCUCCAUGUACUCCUUCCUGCUCGACUUCGUGCCCGCCGACGACUGUCGCUGGAAGUUCGUGAACGGGGAGUGGGUGGCGGCCGGCCGGGCGGAGGGCCGCGGCGAGGGGCGGGGCCACGGCGAGGGGCGGGGCCACGGCGGCAUCUACAUCCACCCCGACUCGCCGAACUUCGGAGCUCAUUGGAUGAAGGCGGCCGUGACCUUCAACAAGGUCAAACUCACCAACAAGGUGAACGGAGGAGGACAGAUCAUGUUGAACUCGCUCCAUAAGUACGAGCCUCAGCUCCACAUCGUCUGUGUCGGUUCUCACCAUCGUCUGGUUUCUAACGUUUCCUUCAGAGAGACGCAGUUCAUCGCUGUCACCGCCUACCAGAACGAGGAGAUCACUGCUCUGAAGAUCAAACACAACCCGUUUGCUAAAGCCUUCCUGGACGCCAAAGAGCGGAACCCGGGUGGACGGAGUUUACCAGACUCGUCAGAGUGUCGAGUUUCUGGGAUUCAAUCCUGCUGGUCGUUGUGUUCAGCUGGAGGAGGCGGGGCUUUCCCUCACGGCAGCAGCCUCCCACUGACAUCACAUCAUCACCAUGGUUACAAACACCACGGUUACCCAGGGCGACACGCCCCUUACCCCCCCGCCCACCUGCCAGGCCACGCCCACUCCAGUGACCGUCUGACUGCAGGUGUGCCGGUGAUGGGCGGAGCCAGCAGCGCCCCCUGUCGGCUGACCUCUUCCUCCUCUCUCACCCUGACCAGCUCUUCUUCAUCAUCUCAGCCUCCUCAUCAGAACUCCAGUCAGUAUCCGUGUCCCUGGACGGUUGGAUGCAGUGAGCUAAGCCCAUCCCACCAACCAUGCAACGCUUUCCACGGACCAAUCAGCAGCGAGAGUCUCAUGCAGCAUCGAGUGGGCGUUCCUGGCUGGCCGGCUGGCCCCACCCAUUCCUUCUGA